GCUCCCUACCAAAAUGAAGCGCAGCACCACACAAACGGCACGAAGCCGAUCCACAGUGUCCCGAACGUGCCAGUGGAGCCGACUGCGAGCGUGACGCCUCUCAAGCUGCUUCGAGAACAGCCAGCGUACAUCGACUGUCCUGUACGUUUCUAGUCCAGCCUCGUGCUUUCGUUCUUAUGGGACCUUUUUGUUAAUGCUUCGCAGUGCUGUCGCAGUAGACAAAAGACCCGGCCAGAGGAGAAAGACUCUGGUAUGACAUGGUGAGUAGGCUUAGGUAGUUGGUCAGUUUUCGACAGACUAACGUCAUUUUGCGCUCAGGAUAGCUGUGGGGGUGACCUUUUUGAUUUGUCCAUGUGUGGCUUGCCUGCCUUUGAAUUGCUGCAUGGGCUGGCUACAGGAUGUUGACCACUAUUGCGAGGGAUGUGGUGAGCGCAUCACCCACAAGCCCUACGACAGGGAAGUACAAGUCCUGCACCAUGGCGUCAACGGAACGCAGCCAUCGCAGUAUGCGACGCAACCUCAGCCGGUGUACUCGCCCGAAUCUCGGAAAUAGCAGACACAAGCGGCGUGCCUUUAGACAGAAAGUUCGUUUGGUAGAUCGAAUUAAUGGCAAAUUGGAACCUCGUUGACGAAGGCUGGGCCCCUCGCGAGCGAGCCAGGGGCGGAGCUUGUUCGGAAGAAUGAAUUUUGAAUCUGACACGCGACUCUGGGGACCGCACGAACUCUGUGGAUCUGAAGUUGGACUUGAGUUUGGCGAAUCGUCGUAAUCGAUAAUGCGAACGCGUCUCGCACUCGCAGUGGAGCGCAAAAUGAUUCGAAGCGCUGCUUGCGAAGCGAUAAGAUGUCGUCCAGAUAGAGCUUGGCCAACAAGGUGGUCCUGUAAUAAUUCGAAAGCCGGGCUAGAGGCAUUAGCAACGAUACACACGUCGAUGCGCAAGUGUAGCCGAGAUCUCGGCUUACUCUGGUCUAUAAUUCCUAUUCCGGCGAAGCAAAAAUAGUGAGUC